GCAGGGUAACCAAGGUUAGAAACCUAUAAAUUCUGAAUGUCAAAAAUACCUUAAAUAGUCCUUUGUUUGAACAUUGCUUAAAACUUGUCGAGUCUACUAUGCUCUAAAGAUUUUGGAAAAAAGAACAACUUUAAUCUGAGAAUACAAUAAACACUGGUCAGCACAAAUAAAACUUUAUUUUUUAAAAAGAGCAAACGUGAAGAAAUAAAGUAUAUUAACUGUUCAUUUGAUCUUAUUUCUUUUUCAUUGACUAAUCAUCUCGAUGAAACAAUUGUGUCUUGUUUAUCAAUUUUAGUUUUUAUUGAGUUACUAUCUCAAUGCACCAAUCAUGUCAUGUUUAUCAAUUGAGUCAAUAGGCAGUGCUUCUUCUAAUAACGUUCAAAGUAUUAAUAAAAUAUCUUGCUCACAAUUAUUUUCUUUGAAAGAAAAAAGAAAACCAUUGUACAGAGCAACAAGCCAACCUAAUGUGUCUAAACUAUACAAUCAACCGGACACAACAUUAACUCCUCAUAUUGAAAGACGCAAUUACAGUCAAGGGGAUUAUUGCCACAACUACCAAGAAAACAAAAACUCUUCAUAUUGGCAGCACCGUAAUAACGGAAGAUAUGCUAAUCAAAUUAAAGACAAUGCAAAAAAUACGGAAAACCUGGACGAUUUAAUAUUAUAUAGAUCGAAUUCUGGAGUUAAAAAAGAGGAAAUCUUUAGCAGCAGGGAAUUACAAAAAGCCUGUGAAAAACUAAGGAGGGAUGCUGAUAACAUCAUGUUGAGUGAGGAUGAAUGGAGAAAUAUUCUUAACUUUGAUCAAUCGAAUCAAUCUUUUGAUGCGGAUCUUUUAGAAGCAAUCUAUUUACUUCGUAACGCUUAUCGAAAGGGUUUAUUUUCAAGAGAUACAAAAACAGUAUUAGGUUCUGAUUUGUCAAAAGGUAAAACCAAUUUAACUCUUCCAGAUUAUUUAAACAACUCAUUAGAUUCCCUUUCAAGUGUUUUAUACUCAUCAUCUGAAAGCACUCCAAUUAAUUCAUCUGGUUGUUCUACACCUAACUCUGUUAAGCGUCGACCAAAGCAGCCAAAUAUUCUCUUACCUAGUAAUCAUGGUGUAUAUCAAGAUUAUGUUGAAAUACGAAGAGCUGAAAGUAUUUCAUCUUGUUAUUCUGAGUCUGAUAGAAAUAGCAUUAUCAGUGAUACCAGUUUUUUUGAUCUGUCUGAAGAAAUCAAUGAAAACGAAGCUAUUCCAAAGAAAUCAAAAAGUACUUUUUCUGAACUUGAAGAAACUCUUACUGAGUUUGAUGUUUCUAAUCAGAUGGUAGAGGGGGAAACCAAAACAAAUGAAGAUUGUUUGAAGUUUCAUCAGAAUAAAAUUAAAAUGCUUUGUGCUGAACGCCCUAAUUCUCCUACAAGUAACUUUUUAGCAUCUAUUAUCUCCUUAGAAUCUUCUACCGACAUUAUUUCUCAAAUUCAUUGCAAUUUGUCUCCUUUGCUACACAAAGUAAAGAAAUUAGAAGAACAGUCUAAAACAAUAAACUCUUUGCAAGUAAAGUUAGCUGUUAUCCAAGAGGAAAAAAGGCAGCUAUCGUCAAUGUUAGAAAAAAAGCGCCAGCAGUUAAAUGAAAAAAAAGAAUUUUCUGAGCCAUUAAAUGUUUUAAGAAAAAGAGAGAAAUUUUCUUUUUCUCCAAUUUAUCUUUCUGUAGUUGGUUUUAAUCAAAGAGCUGAUAAAUUUACUGAUACUUCAUGUGAUUCUGCAAAAGUCUUCAAAGAUGUUGGUGUGCAAAAGUCUCUCAACUAUCCAGUCAUGAAAGAUAUUGGAAUAAAUGUUUUUCUUACUUUUUUAGACAGAGCAUGUCAAACAAAGACUGAAACUAAUGAUUUUUCCUGCCAAAAUGAUUUAAUAAUAUCUAGCAAAAAUCAGGAACUGCAAACUGAUGAAGUUAUAUUAAAAGAAUCGUCUGUUGGUGAUGAUGUAGCUGAAAAAUUUUAUUCUAACUCAUUCACACAGGUUUUAAAAAACUAUAAAAAUCAAUUUACACAAUGCCAUUUGACAGAAUAUCUUGAUAAGAGCCUAAUGGCUGGGUGUUCAACAAAUGAUUUUAUUGAUGUUGGCUCAGGUGACUCAUUAGCUGAAAUUUUUUUGAUUUCCUCAGAGACACAAACAUGUAAGCAGGUAAAAAAUGACCAAGCAACCCAGUGUAGCAUAAAUACAUUAGAAAAAUCACUUGCCGUAGGUUGUUCAUAUGCUAAUUUAAAAACAGCAUCAAGCCAGUGUUUAGUAGACAUGAAGGACUUCCAAUGUGGUGAUAAUUUUGUAAAGUAUAAAGAUGCAUCUUCAAAUGUUGAUCUAUUUAUGAAAGACGCAUGGACAAGUUCUAGGAUAAUUGAAACUAAGUCAACAUAUUCGGGAUGUGAAGUCCAAACAUGUAAUAUUGGUGUUAGUGAUUGUUCAAUAUUUGAUGUUUUCUGUGACAGAUGUUCAAACUUAAACCUUCAGAAUGUUGGUGUUGGUGAAUAUGUUAAUAAUUUAUUAUGUUGUGUUGAUGAUAAGAUGUGUGGUUGUUUUAAACCUACAUGCAUAUCAGUUGCCAUAAGCAAUGACUCAGUAAAUGACGUGUUUUGUGAUCACUGCAAAAAUUUAAAAACAUCUUCCACAGGUGUUGGAGAUGAUAAAAUUGACGAUGUUUUUUGUGAUAAAUGCAAUAAUUUAAAGACUUUAUCUUGUGGAGUUGGUGAUUGCACAAUUGAUAAUUUAUUAUGUGAUCGUUGUUCAAAUAAAACAUUUUUUGAUAUAGGAGUGAGUGAAGACUCUGUAAAUAAUAGCUGUUGUACUUCUUGCACACAAAAAAGUGUUAGAAGUAUUGGUAUUGGUGAAGGAAACAUUAAUGAUACAUUUUGUUCUAAAUGCAUUGCUAAUGAAGACAAAUUUGUGUUUGAUAUUGAUAUCUUAAAACUGCAACAGCCAGCUUUAUGCCAUUAUUGUGGUAACAAGGUUGAUUUGAAUGAUACAAACCUUGAUGAAAGUUUACAAGCAAUGAGAGACAGUAUGCAUAAUUUUGCCUCUGGUAUGAAAAGAUCAACAGUGUCUCGAUCACUUAAUUUAGAGUCAUGUGAUGAUAGCUUUUAUAAAUCAAAAGAUGAUUUAGAGAGUCCAGAAGAUGACUACCGAGCAAUAAUGUCAGAUGAAGAAGAUGAUGCGAAUGGUCGUGGGAAAGCUGACGUUAUUGAAUCUUGCAAAAUGCUUCACGCACAUUUUAGUGGAGAGAAUCAAUUAAAGCAACCAGCUGUGCUUCAAUACAUGAGUAUUAUUCAAGCAUUAUGGUUUAAGACAGUUAAAAGAAAAAGAGCAAAUGCGGCCAUUGUAAAAAGCUAUAUUGAUUUAUUUCAACAAAGAGUACCUGAACUACUUGAAACUAUUAUGAACAUGAGCGAUGAUGAGGGUAACACUGCUCUUCACUUUGCAAUUACUUACAAAAAUUAUGCUGUGGUCAAUAUUUUAUUAGAUUCAGGGGAAUGCUCUGUAGAUACUAUAAAUCAGUCUGGUUACUCUCCAAUUAUGAUGGCGUGUUUAACUGGUUUUGAAAAUAAAAGUGAUAAAUAUAUCAUGCAAAGAUUAUUCAGAAUGGGAGAUAUUAAUAAGCCAGUAGCAGAAACAGGUGAAACCCCAUUAAUGCUAGCAGUUUCACAUGGACACAUUGGUGUUGUAGAAUUACUAUUAGAUGUAGGAUGCGACAUUAAUGCCAUUGACGAUGAUGGCGCAACAGCACUUAUGUGUGCCUGUGAUCAUGGCAACGUAAAUAUUGUAAAAACUUUGUUGGGUAAUCCAGAUUGUGAUGUCACUAUAGAAGAUAAUGAGGGAAGCACAGCAUUAAGUAUUGCCAUGGAUGCACGAAGAAAAGACCUUGCUCUUCUUAUUUAUGGAACUCUCAAUUUUGAUGCACGUGGAAGAAUUAAACUAAGCCCUUCGAAACAAUCGUUGCUGGGUCUUGGCAGACGAUCUCCCUCUCCCGUAAUUGGUAGAAAAUAGUUGCGUGUUAAAUUAUUAAAAUCGUUCAAAA